AUGUUGCUUUCUUCACGAAUCGUUCGAAGCUCGCUGGUUAAUGUUCCGCUAAGAUUGCCUAGGUUUUUUACACAAGCUCACACAGCAUGCAAAGAAGAGAAAGCUACUACCCCUCUAUCAUCCACAGCUGAACAGCCCGAGCAGAAGUAUACACAUUUCGGUUCGAAGACGGUAUUGAAGUCUACCAAGCAGAAGUUAGUGGGUGAUGUCUUUUCCUCCGUAGCCAACCGGUAUGAUUUGAUGAAUGACGUUAUGUCAUUGGGUAUUCAUAGAUUAUGGAAGGACCAUUUUAUCAAUAAGCUAGACGCGGGAAAAAGACCAAACUCUACAACUCCUCUGAAUUUCAUUGAUGUGGCUGGUGGGUCUGGUGACAUUGCUUUCGGUCUAUUAGACCAUGCUGAGUCGAAAUUUGGGGAUACUGAAUCUACAAUGGAUAUUGUAGAUAUCAACCCUGACAUGCUUAAAGAAGGUGAGAAAAGAGCCAUGGAACAAGGCAAAUAUUUCAAAGAUCCUCGUGUGAGGUUUUUGGUUUCUAACGGUGAGAAACUAGAGGAGAUUGAUUCUGAUUCCAAGGACAUCUACACAGUUUCUUUUGGUAUCAGAAACUUCACCGACAUUCAAAAGGGCUUAAACACUGCUUAUAGAGUUUUGAAACCAGGCGGUAUAUUUUAUUGUUUGGAAUUUUCUAAGAUUGAGAAUCCUCUUAUGGACUUUGCUUACCAACAGUGGGCUAGGGUCCUGCCUGUCAUGGGUUCAAUGAUUGCUAAUGACUACGACUCUUAUCAGUAUUUAGUGGAGUCUAUCGAAAGAUUUCCAGACCAAGAAACGUUCAAAUCCAUGAUUGAAAAGGCAGGAUUCAAAUCAGCUGGCUACGAAAGUUUAACAUUUGGCAUAUGUGCCAUCCAUUGGGGUAUCAAAGUUUGA